AUGACAGACAGUAAGAAUGGUACAGGCGAGGAAAUCGACGAGAGCUUGUACUCUCGUCAGUUGUAUGUUUUAGGUAAGGAGGCGAUGUUGAAGAUGCAGCACUCUAAUGUUUUGAUCAUUGGUUUGAAGGGGCUUGGUAUUGAAAUUGCCAAGAAUGUUGUAUUGGCGGGUGUUAAGUCUCUAACGCUUUAUGAUCCAGGUGCUGUGACGUUGCAGGAUUUGUCUACACAAUUUUUUCUAAGGGAGGAAGAUAUUGGACAACAAAGAGACAAGGUUUCGCAGGGCCGUUUGGCGGAAUUGAACUCAUAUGUUCCUGUGAAAGUGUUGGAUGGGCUAAAUGAUGUGUCUCAGCUGUCUGAAUACCAAGUUGUGGUUGCUACUGACACGAUUUCCUUUGAGGAGAAGGUGCAAUUGAACGAGUACACGCAUUCGCAUGGGAUCGGGUUUAUUUCUGUGGAGACGCGUGGGUUGUUUGGUGGAGUGUUUGUGGAUUUGGGUGAGGAGUUUACUGUUAUAGAUACCACUGGUGAAGAGCCAAAGACGGGUAUUGUUUCCGAUAUCGAGUCAGAUGGUACCGUUACCAUGUUGGACGACAAUAGACAUGGAUUGGAAGAUGGCGAUUACGUGAAGUUUUCCGAAGUCGAGGGGCUUGAGAAGUUGAAUGACGGCACACCUUACAAGGUUGAAGUCUUGGGUCCAUUUGCAUUCAAGAUUGGCUCCGUUAAGGAACUGGGUACGUACAAGAAGGGCGGUUUGUUUACCCAAGUCAAGAUGCCUCAAAAGUUGUCCUUCAAGUCGUUGAAGGAUACGUUGGCAUCCCCUGAAUUUAUGUAUUCAGAUUUUGCGAAAUUCGACUCUACCCCACAGCUACACUUGGGUUUCCAAGCGUUGCACCAAUUCCAAGUUAGACACCAGGGCCAACUCCCAAGACCUUUCCACCAAGAGGACGCCAAUGAGUUGGUCAAGUUGGUUUCCGACUUGGCAGCACAACAACCACAGGUGCUAGGCCCAGAAGGCACUGUCAAUGAGAAGUUAAUCACAGAGUUGGCCAACCAGGCAAGAGGUGACAUCCCCGGUAUAAUUGCCUUCUUCGGUGGUUUAGUCGCCCAAGAGGUCCUAAAGGCAUCUUCAGGUAAGUUUAGCCCUAUCAAGCAAUAUUUGUACUUCGACUCCAUCGAGUCUUUACCAGAUUCCGAACAGUUCCCAAGAAACGCUGAAACUACAAAACCAAUCAAUUCUCGUUACGACAACCAAAUCGCCGUUUUCGGUCUAGAAUUCCAAAAGAGAAUUGCCAACUUGAAAGUAUUCUUAGUUGGUUCCGGUGCCAUUGGUUGUGAAAUGUUGAAGAACUGGGCUCUAAUGGGUCUAGGUUCUGGCCCAGAGGGUAAGAUCAUCGUUACGGACAAUGACUCCAUCGAAAAAUCAAACUUGAACCGUCAAUUCUUGUUCAGACCAAAAGAUGUAGGUAGAAACAAAUCAGAAGUUGCCGCUGACGCGGUUACUGUCAUGAACCCUGACUUGAAGGGAAAGAUUGAACCAAAGAUUGAUAAGGUCGGUGUAGAAACCGAAAAUAUCUUUGAUGAUCAAUUCUGGAACCAGCUAGAUUUCGUCACAAACGCAUUGGACAACGUGGACGCUCGUACUUACGUGGAUCGUCGUUGUGUCUUUUACAAGAAGCCUUUGCUAGAAUCAGGUACAUUGGGUACCAAGGGUAACACCCAAGUUGUUGUUCCAAACUUGACAGAAUCUUACUCUUCGUCAAGAGAUCCUCCAGAGAAGUCUAUUCCAUUGUGUACCUUGCGUUCUUUCCCUAACAAGAUUGACCACACUAUUGCAUGGGCUAAGUCAUUGUUCCAAGGCUACUUCUCUGAUGCGGCAGAAAACGUUAACCUAUAUUUAACCCAACCAAACUUUGUCGAACAAACUUUGAAACAAGCUCCAGAUGCCAAGGGUAUCUUGGAAUCUAUUAGCGAUUGUUUGAACAACAGGCCAUACAACUUUGAAGAUUGUGUCAAGUGGGCAAGAUUGGAAUUCGAAAAGAAGUUCAACCACGAUAUCAAACAACUUCUAUAUAACUUCCCUAAGGAUGCUACCACUUCUAACGGAGACCCAUUCUGGUCAGGCCCAAAGCGUGCGCCUGAACCAUUGGAGUUCGACAUCAACAACCCUGAUCACUUUUAUUUCAUUGUUGCAGGUGCUAAUUUGCGUGCCUUCAACUACGGUCUAAAGGGCGACGACGGUGAACCAAACUUGGAAUCGUACAAGGCCAUCCUUUCCAAGAUUGAUGUGCCAGAGUUUGUGCCAAGAUCGGACAUCAAGAUUCAAACUAAUGACGAUGAACCAGAUCCAAAUGCCAACAACCCUCUAGGAGGCGACGUCUUGGAGCAACUAGCGGCCUCGUUACCAGACCCAUCUACCUUAGCCGGUUUCCAUCUUGCACCAGCUGAAUUCGAAAAGGACGAUGACACUAAUCACCAUAUCGAAUUCAUCACUGCAGCAUCGAAUAACCGUGCUUUGAACUACUCGAUUGAGCCUGCUGACCGUCAAAAGACUAAAUUCAUUGCUGGUCGUAUCAUUCCAGCGAUAGCCACUACUACAGCAUUAGUCACAGGUUUGGUAAACCUAGAACUAUACAAGGUUGCCGAUGGCAAAACCGAUAUUGAACAGUAUAAGAAUGGUUUCGUAAACCUUGCGCUCCCAUUCUUUGGUUUCUCGGAACCAAUUGCUUCUCAAAAGGGCAAAUACAACGACAAGACUUUCGAUAAGAUUUGGGAUAGAUUUGACAUUCAAGGGGACAUCAAAUUGAGGGAUCUAAUCGACCACUUCAAAGAAAAGGAAGGAUUAGAGAUUACAAUGAUAUCUUACGAUGUCUCCUUGCUUUAUGCAUCAUUUUUCCCUCCAAAGAAAUUAAAGGAUAGAAUGGACUUACCAAUCACAGAGGUUGUUAAACUAGUUACAAAGAAGGAGGUUCCAAGUCACAUCAAGAAGAUGAUCUUGGAAGUCUGCUGCGAAGAUAACGAAGGUGAAGAUGUGGAAGUUCCAUAUGUCACUGUCCAUUUGUAA